CUGGCCAUCUAAACUCCACGACCAAAUCAAAUGGCAACCUCCCACAUCCUUCUUGCUGCUCUUCUAGCGCUGGUCUCAUGGCAGGCCAUGGCUUCUGACCCAAGCCCUCUUCAGGACUUCUGCGUCGCCGACAAGUACUCUCCAGUGCUUGUCAACGGAUUUGUGUGCAAGGACCCAAAGGUCGUGAGCGCGGACGACUUCUUCAUGGCAGCAAACCUCGACAAGCCUAUGGACACCACCAACAAGGUUGGGUCCAACGUGACCUUGAUCAACGCCAUGAAAAUCCCUGGCCUUAACACACUCGGCAUCUCCAUUGCGCGGAUAGACUAUGCGCCCCUAGGAGAGAACCCACCACACACACACCCUCGUGCCACAGAGAUCCUCACGGUGCUUGAGGGUGCACUAUAUGUCGGGUUUGUGACUUCUAACCCGGAGAACAAGCUUUUCACUAAGAAGCUCGAGAAAGGUGAUGUGUUUGUGUUCCCUCAAGGACUCAUCCACUUCCAGUUCAACCCUUGCGCUAACAAGCCAGCCGUAGCGAUUGCCGCACUCAGCAGCCAGAAUCCUGGUGCAAUCACCAUUGCCAACGCAGUCUUUGGAUCAAAGCCACCAAUCUCAGACGAUGUCCUAGCUAAGGCUUUCCAGGUGGAAAAGAAUACAGUGAAGUGGCUCCAAGCUCAGUUUUGGGCUGAUAACCAGAACUAAACUAAUUAAACUUAGAGUCAAUGACAUGUAUUGAUGAGAUUUCCUGAUGACUUUUUCAUAUAAUAAGAGCAUAUGUGUGAUGCUUCUACCUUGCAAUAUGUGUA